UUUUUUCGACAAGGCAUGUGUAUAAAAAAAAAAGUGACUUUCCAGCCGUCAAGACGAGUGAGUCCGCAACGAGUGCAGACGCGCACACUCGAGCUCCAGCCGUCGUCCAGCGAGUCCCCGAACCCCGAAUCCCUAAAUCCAAGAUUCGCCGUCUCGGGCGUUUCCGCUCCGCUCCUCUCCCACGGUCGGCCGACCCCGCGAUGGCGUCGGCGUCGCCGCCGGCGCCACGCCGGAGCGCCAGAGCCCGCCGUCUUCCUCCACGUCUGGCCGACAGCGCGAUUCAGGCAUCGACGUCGGCACGACCCCGGACCGCCAGAGCCCGCCGUCCUCUCCCACAGCCGGCCGACGGCGCGAUGGCAUCGACGUCGUCGGCGCCACGGCGGUCCUCCAGAGUCCGCCGUCUUCCUCCACGUCUGGCCGACAGCGCGAUUGAGGCAUCGACGUCGGCGCGACCCCGGGCCGCCAGAGCCCGCCGUCCUCUCCCACAGCCAGCAUCGACCUCGGCGCGACGGCGGGCCGCCAGAGGCCCCGCCGCGCAGCCCGUCUUCCUCCCCGACGAGAUCUGGGAGUACAUCUUCCUGCGCCUCGACGCCGCGGUCGACCUCGUCCGCGCCUCCGCCGCCUGCUCCUCCUUCCGCCGCAUCGUCUCCGAACCCCAGUUCCUCCGCCGCUUCCGGUCCCUCCUCUCCCCUGGAAUCCUCGGGCUCAUCACUUCUAGCGGAUACCGACGAUUCUUCCCCGCCGGGCCGCCCCACCGCACCGCCCCGGAAGCCCGCGCGCUCGGGCAAGCCGCUGACUUCGUCUUCUCCUUCGUCCCGAACCCUUUCUCGUGGCACUUUCGCCACGCCCGCGACGGCCGCGUCCUCCUCUCCCGGCUCAUCUCCAUGGAAAUCCGAUUGGAGGAUUUCGUAGUCUGCGACCCCCUGUAUCGCCGGUACGUCAUGAUUCCCCGCAUACCCGACGACCUCAUUGCGGCCUCCACCCAAUACACCAUGUCGCGGCAUUUGUUACCCGUUCUGGCUCCAGCUGGCGAGAAUGACGAGGAGGGAUCGUUCAGAGUUAUCUGCACAGUGCUUUUCGAAGACAAGGUCAUGGCUUUCGUCUUCUCAUCCUGUAACCAGACGUGGCGAGGUAUUACUAGCACGAUCUCUUUGCCUGAUGGAGUUAUUGAAUACAUGACCUACUAUGCGCACGGCUGCCUCUACUGGAUCGUUGGUUUGACACUCAAUUCGCUAAUGCUUGAUAUAAGUGAGAUGAAAUUCUCCAUCAUUGACCUCCCGCCCCACAGUUUUGAUUCAACGAGUGGCAUUGUUGAGUGUGCCAUUGUUGAGACAGCGGAUGGCAGACUCGGGUGCUUAACUAUUGUUGAUGGCACAGCCGACCUGUAUUGCAAGAAUUGGCAAAGCAAUUGUGUUGGCGGACAAGAGUGGCUGCAUGACAAGCGAAUUUCAUUGCCCAAGGAUUCUGGGAUCACUUAUAAUUGGGAGGUUGAGGGCACAGCAGGACAUUACUUAGCUCUAGUAGGUGAGUCGUCGCGAAAUUCUGAACAUAUUGUGGUGGACAUCAAGACAUUUCUUGUUGAGAAUCUCUGCAUCUCGUCAAAUGGUGCGAUCUUUGGUUUUCCUUAUGCAAGAUUUCCACCACCAUUGGAACUGCCAAGCAUAUGAAAUGAUGAUGAAGAAGAGGCACAAGAUUGAGCGGGACAUGAGCAUCGGCAAGGAAGGCAGAUGGCCAAAGAAUCAGCAGGUGUAUGAACAAGUAGUUUGUGGUGAUUGAGGGUUGUCAUCACUAGCCAACAUCAUGUCGUUUGGCAGCUUGGCCAUGCAUUCCUAGCUAGCAAGCUCUAGCUGUUAAAGGGAACCAGAGACAGCCAAGACGACACCUUUUUCCGCCUUGUGAAUUUUAUCAUGAUGUGAUAUUGGUGUACGACAUGUUAUGAGAUUGCUAGACUGAAUUGUACAAUUGCGUUAUUGGCUUCAGAGAAGAAUAAAUUGUAGUUAAAAAAGAAA